GUUAUAUUUUACGAGAUGGACCCUCCCUAUAUAUACGAGGAUAUAGUACAGCAUAGGUUUUAUGUAGUAGCUGCGGAGAUUAGGACUCGUAUGUACAUUCUGCGUGAUCAUCCUUUCCAUCACCCGAUUGACACUCCACAGUUUAACCCCGACAUGCCCUAUGAGUUCCCACUGCAGUGGCUCCACCCGGAUGCUCCAUUUCACCCGUUUCAUGAUGGGCCGGUGCCUCACCAGCAUCCCGAUCAGCCUGCGGAUCAGGCGGACCCUGAGCCUGAGCCCAUGGAGGAGCAUUUUCCAGAGCCUGUACCAGAGGAGGACAUCCCCGUGGAGCAGAUCUCAGUAUCUUCUUCCGAGCCAUCUUCUGAGGAGCCGCUCACCGCCUCUAUUAGUGGACCGGCGAGUGCUGGUCAGACCAGUAGCACGAGUGCCAGUGCCCCUCCCGAGAUUAUAGAGAUUUCCGAUGACGAGGACGAGGAUCCUGAGGAUUUAGGAUGCCUCUGCGGGAAUUUGAUGCGAGGGAUUCGUUUCAUAGCGUGAGAUGCUCCACCCAUCGUCGUUGACUCGUUGAUGCUUUCGUUUUUUCCUUUCCCUU